CCCAAACUCAAGGGACCUAUUUGUAGAUAUUAUUCCUCCGAUAGACGGCAGCAACCGGCAGCACCUACAAUCCCCGACGCACAUAACGACGUCGUUUAGCAACUUAUUCCGCAGACAACUUCAACAAAAUCACCAUAUGGAAUCAAACAAACUUCAGUUUUCGAGUCAACUUUCUCAUCUUCAUUCUUUCACCUUCAAUCUUCACACACACUAAAACACACACUCAAAAUCUCACAACAAUCACAACAAUAAUUUCAUCAUACUUCACCGGAUCGAUGAACAUAACCUCCAAAUUUCAUAAUUUCUAGGGUUUUAAAGCCGUUAAUUUCGAAUUUAGCGGUUGUUGUUGCGUUAGGGUUUUGAAACAACUGUAAAUAUGAUGCAAUCAAGAGGAGGAUUGUUCGGCUGGUCGCCGCCGCGGCAGCAGCCGUUAACGCCGGUGUCGGAGGUGUCGGAGCCGCCGGAGUCGCCGUCGCCGUACAUGGACGCGAGUGCGGAUGCGGUAGCUCCGGAUGUGGAGGAUGAGGUGGAGGAGAUGGAGGAGAUCGAGCCGCCGCCGGAAGCGGUGCCGUUUUCGAGGCUGUUUGCGUGUGCGGAUAGGCUUGAUUGGGUGCUUAUGGUGGUUGGAUCGGUUGCUGCGGCGGCGCAUGGGACGGCGCUUGUGGUUUACUUGCAUUAUUUUGCGAAGAUUGUUCAGUUGCUGAGUCAUGGAGAGGAGACUCCGGAAUUGCUGUUUCAUAGGUUCAAAGAGCUUGCUCUGACCCUUGUUUAUAUUGCUGGUGGUGUUUUCGCUGCUGGCUGGAUUGAGGUUUCAUGUUGGAUUCUUACCGGAGAAAGGCAAACUGCUGUUAUCAGGUCUAGCUAUGUCCAAGUACUUCUAAAUCAAGAUAUGAGUUUCUUCGAUACCUAUGGGAACAAUGGAGAUAUCGUGAGUCAAGUAUUGAGUGAUGUAUUGCUCAUCCAGUCUGCUCUUAGUGAAAAAGUUGGUAAUUAUAUCCAUAACAUGGCUACAUUCUUCAGUGGGCUUGCAAUUGGAUUUAUCAACUGUUGGCAGAUUGCUCUCAUAACUCUAGCCACUGGCCCAUUUAUUGUUGCUGCAGGAGGAAUAUCAAAUAUAUUUCUCCACAGACUUGCUGAGAAUAUUCAAGAUGCUUAUGCUGAAGCAGCUAGCAUUGCUGAACAAGCGAUUUCAUACAUUAGGACCUUAUAUGCAUUCACAAAUGAGACAUUAGCAAAGUAUUCAUAUGCAGCCUCACUGCAAGCUACAUUGAGAUAUGGUAUACUUAUAAGUCUUGUGCAAGGACUGGGGCUUGGGUUCACAUACGGGCUUGCAAUUUGCUCAUGUGCCUUGCAACUUUACGUUGGAAGAGUUCUAGUUACACAUGGAAAGGCUCAUGGUGGAGAAAUAGUAACCGCUCUUUUUGCUGUUAUUUUAAGUGGCCUUGGGUUGAAUCAAGCAGCCACCAACUUCUAUUCAUUUGAGCAAGGAAGGAUUGCUGCAUAUAGACUUUUUGAGAUGAUUAGCCGUUCAUCCUCAACCGUUAAACAUGAUGGAAACGUUCUUGAUUCUGUACAAGGAAACAUCGAGUUCAGAAAUGUGUAUUUCAGUUAUCUCUCUCGUCCUGAAAUCCCGAUUUUAAGUGGUUUUUACCUCACUGUUCCUGCAAAGAAAACCGUUGCACUUGUUGGAAGAAAUGGAUCUGGUAAAAGUAGCAUUAUACCACUCAUGGAACGGUUUUAUGAUCCUACACUAGGGGAAGUUCUUUUGGAUGGAGAGAACAUCAAGAACCUGAAACUGGAAUGGCUAAGGAGCCAAAUAGGUUUAGUGACUCAAGAACCUGCUUUGCUAAGCUUGAGUAUUAGAGACAAUAUUGCGUACGGAAGAGAUGCUACUCUACUUCAAAUUGAAGAUGCAGCUAAGAUUGCGCAUGCACAUACUUUUAUUAGCUCACUUGAGAAAGGAUACGAUACACAGGUAGGGAGGGCUGGUUUAUCGUUAACAGAAGAGCAGAAAAUAAGACUUUCUGUUGCUAGGGCAGUACUAUCCAACCCGUCUAUCCUUCUUCUUGACGAGGUCACUGGUGGAUUGGACUUUGAAGCUGAAAAAUCUGUUCAGGAGGCUUUAGAUCUCCUCAUGUUAGGUCGUUCAACCAUCAUAAUCGCUAGACGGCUCUCUCUAAUUAGAAAUGCUGAUUUCAUAGCUGUGAUGGAGGAAGGUCAACUAAUGGAGAUUGGGACCCACGAUGAAUUGAUAGCUUCUGAUGGGUUGUAUGCAGAGCUUCUUAGAUGUGAAGAAGCAGCUAAACUCCCAAGAAGGAUGCCUGCGAGAACCUACGAUCCAGCAACUUUCCAAAUUGAAAAAGAUUCUUCUGCAAGUCACAGCUAUCAAGAAUCAUCAUCCCCAAAAUUUGCAAAAUCACCAUCACUUCAACGAGCUUCCAACCUACAUGCAUCAGCCCGGUCUCCCGACUCUGCUUAUAACUCGCAUGAAUCUCCAAGAAAUCCGAGCCCACCCGAAAGAACAUUUGAGAAUGGGUCCCACGUAGACGGACCCAACAAUCAACCAUCCAUAAAAAGACAAGAUAGUUUCGAGAUGAGACUUCCCGAGUUACCGAAAAUCGAUGUGGUUUCUAUUCAAAGACAAACAUCUCAUGAGUCGGAUCCCGAAUCACCCAUUUCACCGCUUCUAACAUCUGACCCGAAUAACGAGCGUUCACAUUCACAAACUUUUAGUCGACCUAAUUCUCACUUCGGUGACGAUCCGGUCAAAGUCAAAGAGGUGAAAGAAAAGCGGAAAGAGCCACCAAUGUGGAGGCUUGUAGAGCUUAGCUUUGCUGAAUGGCUUUAUGCUGUUCUCGGAAGUAUGGGUGCUGCAAUCUUCGGUUCUUUUAACCCGCUUCUUGCUUAUGUGAUUGCGUUAAUUGUGGCAGAAUAUUAUAAAAAGGAGAAUCAUAAACAUAUGAGACAUGAAGUGGAUAAAUGGUGCUUAAUCAUUGCCUGUAUGGGUGUUGUUACCGUUAUUGCAAACUUCUUGCAGCACUUUUAUUUUGGUAUUAUGGGGGAGAAAAUGACUGAGCGAGUUAGGAGAAUGAUGUUUUCCGCAAUGCUUCGUAAUGAAGUUGGAUGGUUUGAUGAAGAAGAAAACAGUGCUGAUACAUUAUCCAUGCGAUUAGCAAACGAUGCAACGUUUGUGAGAGCUGCCUUCAGCAACCGACUUUCUAUAUUUAUACAAGAUAGUACAGCUGUACUUGUGGCACUGCUGAUAGGGAUGCUUCUUCAGUGGCGUUUAGCACUUGUGGCUUUGGGCACACUUCCGGUUCUCACCGUUUCUGCCAUUGCUCAGAAACUUUGGCUAGCCGGAUUUUCAAAGGGAAUACAAGAAAUGCAUAGGAAAGCAUCAUUAGUCCUUGAAGACGCGGUUAGAAAUAUAUACACCGUUGUAUCGUUCUGUGCGGGAGACAAAGUAAUGGAGCUAUACAGAUUACAGUUACACAAGAUAUUCACAAAAAGCUUCUUGCACGGGAUGGCAAUUGGAUUUGCUUUCGGGUUUUCACAGUUUCUUUUAUUCGCCUGCAAUGCUCUUCUUCUAUGGUACACUGCCCUCACGUAUAAAAAUCGACAUGUGGAUCUCCCAACUGCUAUUAAAGAAUACAUGGUUUUCUCUUUCGCCACUUUUGCCCUAGUGGAGCCUUUCGGUUUAGCUCCAUACAUUCUCAAAAGACGAAAAUCGCUGAUUUCGGUUUUUGAAAUAAUCGAUCGUGUCCCGAAGAUUGAUCCAGAUGAUGUCACUGCUUUAAAGCCGCCAAAUGUUUACGGGAGUAUCGAGUUGAAGAAUGUUGACUUUUCCUACCCAACCCGUCCCGAGAUUCUUGUACUAAGCAAUUUCAGCCUUAAAGUCAAUGGUGGUCAAACCGUUGCAGUUGUUGGCGUUUCGGGAUCCGGGAAAAGCACGAUAAUCUCGUUGAUCGAGCGGUUUUAUGACCCGGUUGCUGGGCAGGUGAAUUUAGAUGGUCGGGAUUUGAAACUAUUCAAUUUGAGAUGGUUAAGGAAUCACCUCGGUGUUGUUCAACAAGAACCGAUAAUCUUCUCGACCACCAUUCGGGAAAAUAUAAUCUAUGCAAGACAUAAUGCAAGCGAAGCUGAAAUCAAAGAGGCCGCAAGAAUAGCAAAUGCUCACCAUUUUAUCAGUAACUUGCCUCAUGGGUAUGAAACCCAUGUAGGAAUGAGGGGUGUGGACUUGACCCCAGGUCAGAAGCAACGGAUUGCUAUAGCUAGGGUCGUGUUAAAAAACGCACCGAUCUUGUUAUUGGAUGAAGCGAGUUCAUCGAUCGAGUCGGAAUCAAGUCGGGUGGUUCAGGAGGCUCUCGAUACACUAAUAAUGGGGAACAAGACGACUAUUCUUAUAGCUCAUAGGGCUGCUAUGAUGAGACAUGUUGACAAUAUUGUUGUUCUUAACGGAGGUCGAAUUGUUGAGGAAGGGUCCCAUGAUUCAUUAAUGUCGAAAAACGGGUUGUAUGUACGGUUAAUGCAACCUCAUUUUGGAAAGGGUUUACGUCAACAUAGGCUUCUUUAGGUAUUUGGUGGCAGGUUGUGGCGGUGGCGGUUGGGGCAGCGGCAUGGUGAGGUUAAUGAGGCGAGAAAUAGGUUUGUAGAUUGCAUAUUCUUUUGGAGGCAAAGGAUUGAAUCUAAGCCUUCAUGAUAUAUUGUUUUGUUGAUUGUAGAAUGAUAGUUGGUAAUGUGUUCUUUUUUCAUUUUUGUUUGUUUGUUUGUUUGUUUUUCCCUUACUAUCUUGACCUUGUAGAUUUGUACAUGCUUUUGAUUUUGUAAAUACAAUUAAUUAAUUAAAGUA